AUGAUGAUCCGAGCCGCGCUGUUUGCUCCAUUGUAUCUCCGGGUUUGCAGCCGCCACUGCGAUUCUUCCAGAAUGGGCCGAGCUCCAAUUCUGUACAUGAAGGAAAUCUCCUAUCCGAUUCUGGCGGUGUUUGGGAUGCCCACGAACGUGGUGACGGCUGCGAUCCUGUACCGGGGAAAGUGCGGUCUCUCCAGAGGAAUCACGCGUUACAUGGUGGCGAUGGCGAUCUCCGACCUGCAGGUGCUCAUUUUUCACGUGUUGCUCCGAGAAAUCUACCUUUACUAUCACCCUAACUCCUUCCUCUCCCACAGCACAGUGUGUCCUUCAUAUAUACACUUGCGGGCACUCACUCUGGACUACUCCGUCUGGUUAACCGUGUCCUUCACCUUUGACCGCUUUGUUAGCAUUUGCUGUCCGAAGCUGAGACUCAGAUAUUGCACGGAUAGGACGGCCGCCGUGGUUAUUGUGUCCUUGUGCGCGCUGAGCUGCUUAAAGUACAUCCCCUUUCAGUUCAUGUACGAGCCUCGUUACAUCAUGGAUAAUGUUAAAUGGGGGUGCCGGCCCAAAGCCGCCUACUUCACCUCCACCUGGUGGAAGGCUUUCACCUGGAUGUGCAGCAUCUCUCUCUCCUUACUCCCCUUCGGUGUCAUUCUGCUCCUGAACGGGCUGACGGUCAGUAACAUCCUGGCGGCCAGCAGGGUCCGCCGGCGCCUGAAGGGGCAGGAUGGCAAGGACAGUGAGACGGAGAGUCGGCGCAAGUCCAUCGUCUUACUCUUCACCGUGUCCGCUAUUUCCAUCCUACUCUGGACGACGGCAACAGUGACGUUUAUCUGCACUCGAGUCACAGUCAAUUUUGUGGGCAAGGAUCUGACAAACCCCUCUGCCGUCGCGAAUGAGGUGGGCAUUCUGCUCAUCCGCGUCAGCGCAGGCGCCAACACGUGUAUCUACGCAAUGACCCAAAGCAAGUUCAGACAGGAGUUUAAGAACGGGAUUAAAAGUCUCGCUCGGUUUAUCAUUAGACCUAUCAAACUAGCGCGGCAGUCGGUCUAG